AUGUAUGGCUCUCAGGCUCCAGUGAAGUUGAUGCCUUUGAUUGCAACCAUUCUCGGUGUCGAUUUCAAGCAGACGAUUAAGAUUGCCACCUGGCUGCAGCUGGUCGAGCUCUAUGACAAGCUGUUUGGUCACGUCCGCGACACUUUGCAAGAGAUGCCACUGGAUGCUAUCAUGGCCUUUCAAGGUCCCCAUCAGGUUGAAAACGUGGAGGUCCUUUUGGGCCUCCCGCUUGAGUAUUGUGUUCUUCGUCGCAGUCAUGCUGCAGUCGACAAGAUCCAGUCUGCUGCUUUAUUCUCACGGCAGGAUGUGGAGCUAAGUGGAUUACUGCAGACGGUCAUGGUGGACCUGUCUCAUGGUUCUGCCAAAGCCACCAUCGCCUCAUUAGAAGACAGGAUCAAGGCAGUGCAGGGAGUCCUCGAGAUGACAUGA